AUCUUCAAGCGGCUGCAUCCGCACGCCUAUCUGGCCUCAUUUCUCGAUGCAGAGCCUUCGGUCCGCGAAGAUGGACGCUCUUCGUUCGACUUCAGGUCCGUUGAUAUCGUCACAGGCAGCAUCAGCACAGCCUUGGGAAGCUGCACGGUCCGUCUGGGUCAGACUACCAUCGUCGCAGGUGUAACAGCAGAAAUCGGCAGGAUCGAGUCUCAAACCUAUGAUCCAGAAAAGCGAAAAGAUAGAGGCUGGAUCGUGCCCUCGCUGGAUCUCAGUCCCAUUUGCAGUCCCAGGUUCAAAUCGGGUCCUCCUUCAGAGGAAGCUCAGGUACUGACCAGCAGGAUCAUCAACCUGUUGGACUCUUCCAAUCCUGUCGAUCUGACGACGUUAUCGAUCCAAGAAGGGGAAGCAGCUUGGUGCUUGUACAUCGAUCUGGUCUGCUUGAGCUACGACGGGGGGGUCCUGGACGCUUGCAUGCUCGCCAUUGCGGGUGCGCUCUCGGAUACCACGAUACCAGCGGCCAGAUGGGAUCCCGAGGAAAUGACGGUAGUCUGCUCAGCAAAAGCAACAGACCGGCAACGCUUGCACAUCCGCAAUGUACCUCUGGUCAGCUCUUUCGACAUCUACAAAACCCACCUGCUCUCCGAUUGCUCAGCCUUCGAAUCUGCUCUCGCCUCGUCGCACAUAGCCAUCUGCUUGAGUACGACGAUGGACGAACGA